UCACUCAAAACAUCCCAUUAACUUUUCGCAAUACAAAUUCCAUUCAAGGUUUUGGAAGGGCGAAAAUGGGUUUUGCUAUAUCUCAUCGAGUUGAUCCAAACGAACUAAAGGCAGGAGACCAUAUUUACACUUGGAGGACUGCCUAUACUCAUCAUGGUGUUUAUGUUGGCAAGAACAUGGUUGUUCACUUCAUUGCUCCAGAAAAUAAGUCUGGUUCUGCUUUUAGUGGGAGCUUAUCGUCUUCUUCGAACGCAUUUAAGUUAGUUUCAUGUUCGAAAUCUGCUGCUGGCCCUAGCCCUGCAGAACUUUCACACCUUAGAAGUCUAGAAUAUUAUGGGAGCUCUACUUUGAACUGUUCUCGCUGCUUAUCAUCUUCAGAUCAGAAUCUUUUUUCAUGUUCGAGCAUACCCGAUUGUGGAUUUCAGUUGGCCAACAGCGGAGUGGUCAUCUCUUGUUUAGACUGUUUCGUUGGAACUGGAAAUUCGCACGUGUAUCGUUUUGGGGUGACAGUAGCUGAGUAUUAUUGCAAAGUCCGUGGCACGUGCACCACUGCAAAAUCGGAACCACCUCAGGAAGUGAUUCAUAGAGCAAUGUAUUUGUUGCAACACAAUGUAUUUGGGGACUAUCAUCUCUUCAGGAACAACUGUGAGGAUUUUGCAUUGUAUUGCAAGACGGGUCUCUUGAUUAUGCGCGACUCCCUUACCGGAUGCAGUGGUCAGACUUUUUGGAAACCUGACCUUGGUUUACGAAAUGAUGUCAACAAGGUUGAGGUGGAAGAUAUGCUGUCGUUUCGUGCGCGCUGAACCCUGAUCACAUUUUAUAAGGACUUAAUUGAAUAUCUCUUGUCCCGAAAAGCUGCAUAUUUGUUGUCUUAAUUUUGUUUCUAUUACAUUUUACCGUAUAUUUACUUAUGUUUGAGAUUAUGGUAUGAAAGUUCAGAUUGAGAA